GUAGGCGCGGGCAGAGCCCGAGCACUCACACCGGCAUCCAAAGGCUUAACCUUCCCCCGAGCGCCCGCUCGCAGAUCGGGGACAUCAAGCAGGGCAGUGGUGUCUCCGUCCGACCGUCUGUGAACGCCGCUCCCCACUCUGCCCCCCGAGGGCUCCUGGCAGCCCCGGCACACACGACGGGGUCGGAGCCCAGCCGCGCUGUGCCGAAGCGCCUUACCGCGGGCUGCCGGCCCCGCUCCGGCUGCGCCGGGCAGGGGUAGAAACUCGGGGAAAGGGCUCUCCCCGCCUUGGGAAGCGCCUGGCCCGCCCCGCAGGCUCGCUGACAGCGCUCACCUGCCGGCUGCACGGAGCCGCCCGCGGGCUCGGAGCGGAGCGGAGCGGAGAACUCAGCCCGGAGCGCAGCGCAGCCAGCACAGAUAGACUUUCUGGUCAAGCUCCAGAUGCUUUUGUUUGAGUAGCCUCAACCUCCCUAUGGACUCAACAGAUGUACCACGAAAUGGCAUUGCUCACUGGGAAUGCAGAUCCUGACUUCAGCUCCCGCUCCUUCAACAACUUGGAAAACCUCUGUGAAGUGCAAACCAAGAAAGGAUUCUUCUACAAAAAGGCCAAACUUCUGCAUCCUGGAGAAGACUUGUGCUGCUUAGCCCGCUUGGAUGACCGGUCCAGGUUUGUGAUCAUCAACGUAGGUGGUAUUAAGUACAAAAUUCCCUGGACCACCUUGGAGAACUGCCCCUUGACCAGGCUUGGGAAGCUAAAAUCCUGCAAUAAUUAUGAUGAGAUCAUGGACAUCUGCGAUGAUUAUGAUGUUAGCUGCAAUGAAUUUUUUUUUGACCGUAAUCCUAGUGCCUUCAGAACAAUCAUGACAUUCCUGACAGCUGGGAAGCUGAGGCUUCUCAGGGAGAUGUGUGCUCUUUCGUUCCAGGAGGAGCUUGUGUACUGGGGUAUAGAAGAGGACCACCUGGAGUGGUGCUGUAAAAAGAGACUGCGACAGAAAGAGGAAGAGGCAGCUGAGGCCAGGCUGUUUGAGAGGGAGAUGGUGUUUAAUGAAGCUACGCAAAGUGCCUUCCAGGACAGCAGCCGACUGAGUCUGUGCAUGCGAAAGCUCAGGGAUAUGGUGGAGAACCCCCACUCAGGGAUCCCAGGAAAGAUCUUUGCUUGUAUUUCAAUCUCUUUUGUUGCCAUCACUGCUGUCAGCCUCUGCAUCAGCACCAUGCCCGAUGUCAGAGAAGAGGAGGAUCGGGGUGAAUGCUCACGGAAGUGCUAUGACAUCUUUGUGCUGGAGACGGUGUGUGUGGCGUGGUUUUCCUUUGAGUUCCUGCUGCGAUCCAUCCAGGCAGAAAACAAGUGUGCUUUCCUGAAAACCCCGCUCAACAUCAUCGACAUCCUGGCCAUUCUGCCUUUCUACAUCUCUCUCAUCGUGGAUGUGGUUUCCACAAAGAACAGCAGCAAGCCCGGCGGGGGAGCCGGGAACAAGUACCUGGAGCGCGUGGGGCUGGUGCUGCGCUUCCUGCGGGCGCUGCGCAUCCUGUACGUGAUGCGGCUGGCGCGGCACUCGCUGGGGCUGCAGACGCUGGGGCUCACCGUGCGCCGCUGCACCCGCGAGUUCGGGCUGCUCCUGCUCUUCCUCUGCGUCGCCAUGGCCCUCUUCUCGCCGCUGGUCUACCUGGCUGAGAGCGAACUGGGAGCCAAGCAAGAGUUCACCAGCGUCCCCAGCAGCUACUGGUGGGCCGUGAUCUCCAUGACAACGGUUGGCUACGGGGACAUGGUGCCUCGUAGCAUCCCCGGACAGGUGGUAGCCCUGAGCAGCAUCUUGAGUGGGAUUUUGCUGAUGGCUUUCCCAGUCACAUCCAUCUUUCAUACCUUUUCCCGUUCCUACAGCGAGCUGAAGGAGCAGCAGCAGCGAGUAGCCAGCAGGCAGGUGCGCCAGUGGCAAGAGAACACCGAGCUCCUGGGUGGUGACAGUACAGGGGGGCUCAGUGCCACAUUCCCGCCAAGUGCUGGUGAGCAGCAGGGUCUGACCUUGGUGCACCAGUAAGCCUAGAGAAGCUCUUGACCCUGAACAGCUCAGGACAUACGUUGGCAGCCCAAGAAGCAGUGGACAAGGGAGGUCAGUUCUGCAGGAAGAAUGCCAUGAACUGCAUAAAUGAGGGGCAGACAAACACAAGGUUUCUCUAAAGACCAACUUCUGAUCUUAAGGGACCUCUGAAAAGUACCCCUACAAAUUCUACCAAGUACAGCUCUGCUCCAUUGCUUUUCUUAUGGCUUUUCUAUUGAGCAAGUAUUUUUGGGUAUGCCCAAGGAGCAGCCAUUGAACAUAGCCAGCCAGCAGAAUGUAGUGUGAAGCACAGCCCAUGCCAGGUGCCAUGUGUCACAGCAACCAGCAUGCCAUCUCCUCUGGGCCCUGCUCAGUGGCAGGGCUGAGCAAGGGGCUCCCUGUGCUGCGACGCCCCACAGCACGUUUGUUUUGGCAGCACCACCAAGGAACGCAAACAUCAGACAAGCCAAGGGGCGAGGGCAAGAGAAGGGCAGAAGCAUUCCCUCAGCCUCACCAGGGGCUUGCUUUUGUCUUCUGCAGAUGAAGCAGCACAGCAAGAGUGCUGCCAGCUCUGAAUUGUGUGUGAGCACAGUUUGCAUUAUUUAGUAGAGAUGCAUAUUUACCAUCCUAAGCUUUAUAUCUUACUUAGUCCCAUGACAGAAAUAUACAUACAAAAAAUCUUCCUGACUACGGUACUGAAUGUUAACUUGGUUAUUUUUCCUUUGCUAACAGUCAAAUAUUAAAAAUACCAUGACAAAUGAUGACAUUUCUCCACUUUCUGUUAACUGUUUCCAUUUCUUGUGUAUUGAGAAAUGUGUUUAACAGGCAAUUGAACCAACCUGAACUACAUGUAGCUCAAGGGGAGGGUGAUGUUGGACCAGCAGCGACUCCCAGCUCUGCACAGUCGUCCUCAGUGGUGAUGGCUGCACGGAGUGCAGUUGUGUGCAGACAGGAGUAGGGGAGCAGGACAAACCCAGUGCAGCCAGCGAGACACCAUCAGUGGGCUCGGCCCAAGCUACAGUGCAGCAGCUGUGCUCUGCCUUAGGAGUAGCCUUUUGGUUUUGCCCUCCUACCGAGAAAAAGACAAUCCUGUCAUUAGAACAAGUGUUCUGGCUCUUCUUCCUGAUUCUCAAAGGAUUUAAGUCACUAUAAAGGGAAAUUAAUCAUAUGGUGGCAUCUGCAUGUUUGCUUAUUGAUGCCAGCCCUGUGCAUGAGCUUUCCCUGGAGGAGCUGUGUAGCUGUUCCAAGUCAGGAUGCUGUGUGGGUCUUUCAGUGCUCCUACAGGUGGGAUGUGGUCAGGGAAUGGAGGGAGAUGGAAGCCAACAGUCUCUUGUACCUACACCCCUAUUUGUACUAAAGCCAUGCAGUGUCACCCUCCAUAUUCUCCACCCACCAGGAAGGGAACAAAACCUGAUGUACUGAAGAUGGGAUUUGUCUGGUCUGUUAUUUGGUUUGUUAUUUUUUGCCUCAACAUAUGUCGUAAAACUAAUCCUACGUUACAAAACUCUCAUAUUAAGCCAUUCCUUAUAGGAAUGAAGCAAGGGAAAUGGAAAAGUUACGCUUUAUUUUAAUAAAAAUAUAAAGCUUUGUUGCUGACUCGCUGUGUCUGAUGAUUUGGGUGUGGAGGGAGGUGGUGUUUUGCUGUGCUGAUGUGAAUUAACUCAUGUUACUUGCUGCUGAGCACUGCAGGAGAUGGAGGCAGCAAAACUGAGCCCCCCUACCCAGGAUGCACCUGGCUCAGCAAAGCCCCAGCUGUGUUGAACUGCAGGCAAACCAAGCGCAGGGGCCCACGCCAGGGUUCUGCCCAUCCUUCAUGGCCCAGCAGCACCGGGAACACAUCUGCUCCUUGUGCGAGAGAGGAGGGCCAAGGGCUGAUGGUGCCUGGGCUGACUCAGACUCCUGGCAAAGCAAUGCCAGCAAUGGGUUGCUGUGACUCAUGAAAGAUUUUAAUUUUAUUGGGUUUUUUUUUUUUUUAUUCCCAGUGCAGACAUUUCUUUCAUUAAGGAUUAUUAAGGUCUGACAUCAGGGAUCCAGCUUCGGAGCCAGCUGACUGCAAACCAGCGAUGGGAGCAGUGGCUGGGGGACAGUGUGGCCUGGUGCUGAGGAGCAGCACUGCAUCUUCUGGUGGCAUUCAGAUGCUCAGUCUUAAGGUGGCACCUGACAGGCUCACUAGGUGGACUCACAGGUUCACUCCUCAUGGUGAUUUGGCUCAUGCACACCAGGUGUGCUUCAUGCUCUGUCUCCAGUGUGAAUGAAGCGACCAUGGCGAGUGCACGUGGAAGGUGCAGAAUGCAUCUCCUCGAGGUGGUGAAGCCCAAAAACUGCAAACAUCCUUACCUAACUACUAGAAAAGCCACGCUGGAGUUGACAUCCUUGGAGAACGAAGAGUUUCACACUCGCGGUGCUAGCAAAUAACCAUGAAUCAAUGCAUCUUUUGGCUUUGAAGCAUCAAAAAAACAGUGCUGGGACAGCAAACUGCAGCUCAGCAGCUGUGAAGAAAAACAGACUGAUGACACAUGACAUAUUGCUGCUGUUCUCCAUCAAGUUGCUAUUGUCCUACAAUAGUGAGAUCUUUGUAUUUUUCAAAAGGCACAUAAUUAAUUCCAGCAUGCACAGAGUUUUAAUAAAGUGA